CUGAGGCACAAUCUACAGAUUUGCGACUAGCGGCGCGGGCCAGCCAGGGGCCAGCUGAGCGGGGCGGGGCGGCGCAGACCCUUUAAACUUUCAACAUGAGGGCUAGGACUAGGCGACCUAGGUGUAUUACUUGUCUCACCCCAGCGAAGGCGUUAUUCAAGAAGAGUGAUGGAGAUUUCAUCAAGCUUCUGGAGUGUCCCUCAUGUGGCCAGACAGUGGAUCGGUAUGUGGAGUGUGAGAAGAGCAUCAUCUUCAUGGACAUGCUGCUUCAGGACAUUGCAGUAUACAGGCACAUAUUAUUCAAUGCAGACAAUUUUUAUUUCUUCCAGGAACCCCAGUUUUAUGUGAAGCUUGCAGUAUCCCUGUUACUGAGUGAGGGCUAUGUUCGCUGGUCCACCCUUACCCAUACCUUCGCCCCAGCCACAGGGAUCAAGGAUAAUGAAGUCUACUUGUACAUAAUGUGCUUGUUAACUGCAGUUGAAUUUGGUGUCUUUGGAGCAAUAAUUAUGCUGUACUCAUGGAUCAGGUUUCGUGACAGGAUUGAAUUAUCUUCUCUUUACAAUGGACUGCUUCUAGGUCAGUAUGGAAGACUUGCUAAUGUUGCAGCCAUCAUUUGGUACCAAAGCCCAAGUCUGAUCUUCCAGGGCCUUGUUCUUGUCUUCAUCAUCAUCUCUACCAUACAAAGCACCAGAGCUGCUAUGAACACUGGGAGGUGUGAGAGCAGCUUGCUGGUCAUCACAGCCACUAUCAUCAGCACAUCAUCAUCAUACAUACUCCAGUCAUAUCUUAUUGACAUGUAUGAAAAGUAUUCUUUGUAAGAAUCACCAGGUUGGUUCAUAUUGAAACCAUGGGAGCUAAUCCUCAAUAAAACAGUUACCUA